CAAAACAUUCACACAUUCAGUCACUGUGUUACUUGUGAUGGAAUUAUAGUCAAAAUAAAUUACUCCCCUUUUUCCUGGGGACCCCUGGAGCUCCCUCAAGGACCCCUGGGGGUCCCUGGACCCCACUUUGAGAACCACUGCCUUAUAGGACAGGUUUACAAAUUUUCUAUGAAUGAGCUGCAAAUGUUUAUAUGAAUCACCUGUUGAGAAAGAAAUAAUCUACCACAGGCUCCGUGUUUGCGGUGGGAAAGGCAGACAUAUCGAUGGUGAGCAGUGAAACCAACUGAUGAAUAAUCCUGGUGCACAAAUAAUAUUUAAAGUUGUGAAUUUUCUGGCCACAGUUCAGUUUUUCAAGAGGAGGAACAAUAACAACAAGAAAAAACUCGUUUCACUGUUCAUUUGACUUGAAAACUAUGAACUCGUCCUUUAAACGGACCAAACAAAACGUCAGAAGGUGUUAAACUCAAACACACUCAGCUGUUUUAAAGUUGUGUGGAAGCACGAGGCUCAUGUCCCAGCAUGCACUUGGCUGUGAAUGUGUGUGUGUUUAAUCCCAACUCGGUCACGUGCAGACGACCUGAGCGGUGUGUGUGUGUGUGUGCGCGCGUGUGUGCGUGCGUGCGUGUGUGACGGUUACCAUGGAGAGAGAGAGAGAGAGAGAGAGAGGGAGAGAGAGGGAGAGGUGGAGUCACGGGGGGCGGAGCCAGCGUGUCUCGUGCUCGGUAGUGAAGCCAAGCGGCUCGCGGGGCAGCAGACAGAGGGAUGGUCUCGCGCUCAGCGGCGGGCAGCUGCAGGUCAUGUUGUCCGCGCGGCGGGAGACCUGCCCGCGUGUCACCUUCAGCGGAGCGGGAACUGUGACGACUCCGGGUCGAGGACCUGAGACGGGGAUGGGCGGGGAGGCGUGUCCUCACAAGCUUGGAUCAACCAAUCACCUUCGUCUUCUCCUCUACAUCCUGAUUCCCACCGUGAGCCUGCUGGCCGGCCUGCUGCUGCUCGUCUUGGCCCUCACAGGUAUAUUUGGCAGCAGCCUCUUGGACUCCAGCCCCCUCCCCUCCCCCGAGCCCAUCUCUGACAGCAGUCCUGGUUACCAUGACAACAGCACAACUCCCUCCCUAUCCUCCGAGACGGAGAACGCCACCACCACCGCCUCCUACCGAAACCGCAGUGACGGCGGUGACAUCACACACGGCGGGAGCAGCACACCUGCCGCGACGACUGCCGGAACCUCCGCCAGCGUCUCUCCGACUUCGACCUCUCAGGCCCCGCCCACCCAGGCCUCCACAAAGCCUCCUGAUUGGCUGACCUCUGUGACGUCACUGAGCACCGCCUGGCCGACCAGCACCACUGCGGGGUCUGACGCAGGUCAGUGUCAGCCGAUCAUCGAGCCGCAGUGUCACAUGUUGCCCUACAACCAAACAUGGCUGUCCUCCUCCGUCGCCGUGGUGAAGAGCUCAGAGGUCGACAUGUUGUUAAGGUUCUUCAGCUACCUCAGCAGACUGUCCUGCUACAGACACAUCAUGCUCUUCGGCUGCUCGCUGGCGCUGCCCGAGUGUAUCGCCGCCGACAGCGUGCACAACAGGCGGGUCGUGCUGCCUUGUGCGUCAUUCUGCGAGGCGGCGAGGGAAGGCUGCGAGCCCGUCCUCCAGAUGUUCAACGCCUCCUGGCCCGACUUCCUGCGCUGCUCGCAGUUCAGCAACGUCACCUUUGUGUCGCCAUCGCUGCCGCCGCCACCGCCACCGUCAUCAUCACUGUCACCCACGGCAACGGCCGGCCCCGCCCCACCUGCCUGUUACACGCCGAGACAGAUCAAAGGCAAACCUUCUGUGUGCGGCGGGAAGGAUUACUUCCUGUGCACGACGGGCAUUUGCGUCCCUCAGAAACUGGUGUGUAACGGCUACAACGACUGUGACGACUGGAGUGACGAGACACACUGCGUCUGCACAGACGCAGAGUUUCGCUGCAACACCGGUCGAUGUGUCACUCCUGCUCGCGUUUGUGACGGAUACGACGACUGCGGAGACCUGAGCGACGAACUCAACUGUGUGUGUAAUCUGACUCGUGAGCAUCGCUGCGGCGACGGUCGCUGUGUGUCCAGAGACUGGCUCUGUGACGGAGACCACGACUGUCUGGACAAGAGUGACGAGCUCAACUGCUCCUGUAAGAGUCAGGGUCUGUUGGAGUGCAGGAACGGUCAGUGUAUUCCUUCUGCGUUUCGUUGCGACGGAGAGGACGACUGUAAAGACGGCAGCGAUGAGGAGCACUGCAGCCGAGAGCAGACUCAGGGUGUGUGUGUUCCCGGUCAGCCCAGCUGUAUCUCCACUUCCUGUCCCUCACAGUGUGGGGGAGGCAGCGCCACCUGUGACCCCCGAAACAACAACAACAACAACAACAGCUGCUCUCGCUGUGAGCCCAUCAGCCUGGAGCUGUGUAUGAACCUGCCCUACAACCUGACCAGCUACCCCAACUACCUGGGCCACCUGUCCCAGAGAGAGAGCUCCGUGUCCUGGGAGUCCUCGCUGUUCCCCGCCUUGGUCCAGACCGGCUGCUACCAGUACCUCAUGUUCUACGCCUGCACGCUGCUGGUCCCCAAGUGUGACCCGGUCAGCCUGCAGAAGGUCCCGCCCUGCAGGUCGUUGUGUCGUACUGCGAAGGAGAAGUGUGAGUCGGUGCUCGGCAUUGUGGGAUUGCAGUGGCCCGAGGACUCGGACUGUAGUCAGUUUCCAGAGGAGGGAGGAAACACAACCUGCCUGCUGCCGGAGGCCGGAGUGGACGAGUGCUCCCCCAGUCACUUCAAGUGCCGGUCGGGUCGCUGCGUCCUGGCAACCAAACGCUGCGACGGACACCUGGACUGUGACGACCACAGCGACGAGGACAACUGUGGCUGUUCUGAGCGCGCUCUGUGGGAGUGUCCUGGCAGUAAAGUGUGUAUUAAAUCCAGUAUGAUCUGUGAUGGAUUCCCAGACUGCCCCCUGCUGGUGGACGAGGCCAACUGCUCCGUGUGCAGAGAUAACGAGCUGUCCUGUAACAACCAUCAGUGUGUUCAUCGGACUCUGUGGUGCGACGGGAAGAAGCAUUGUUCAGACAGCUCUGAUGAGUGGAACUGUGUGUCUCUGUCCGAUCGAUCGGGUUCUGUAUUGACGGUGUUCAGGACGGCAGCGGAGUAUCAGGUCUGUGCGGACGAGUGGAACCACGAGCUGAGCAAACUGACCUGCGACCAGCUGGGCCUAGGGGUUCCCUCCUCUGUUUCCAUGGUACCCGACCAGCCUGGUGUCCCGGGCCGUCGCCGUUGGUUACACGUCCAUCCUGAGUGGAACCUGAGGAACGGAUCUGCUCUACAGGCGCGACUGGAGAAGAGAAGUCACGCGUGUCACUCCAGGAGGAGAGUAUCAGUCCUGUGCACCAGAGAAGACUGCGGUCUGCGUCCGACGGUGGGUACGGUCCCUCACAGGAAGAAGAGGAUUCUGGGAGGGCGGGUGUCACGACGGGGGGCGUGGCCAUGGCAGUGCUCCCUGCAGAGCGGUCAGAGCGGACACGUUUGUGGCUGCGUCCUCAUCGCCGGGAGAUGGGCUCUGACUGUCGCGCACUGCUUCGAGGGGAGGGAGAGCGCAGACCUGUGGAAGGUCGUGUUGGGUUUGAAUAACCUCGACCAUCCAGGUGUUCACAGUCAGAGCCGCGGGGUGCGCUCCAUCAUCGUACACCCGCGCUACAACCGGGCGGUGGUCGACUACGACAUCAGCGUGGUGCAGCUGGACUCUGAGGUGGAGGAGACGCCGUUCGUCAGACCGGUGUGUCUGCCUCAACUCGGCCAGCUUCCUUCUCCUGACUCCUACUGUUACAUCACAGGCUGGGGUCACAUGGGCAACCGGAUGCCCUUUAAGCUGCAGGAAGGAGAGGUUCGGAUCAUCUCACUGUCUCAGUGUCAGUCUUACUUUGACAUGAAGACCAUCACUCCCAGGAUGCUUUGUGCCGGUUACGAUGCUGGAACCGUCGACUCCUGCAUGGGCGACAGUGGCGGUCCGCUCGUGUGUGAGGAGGAGAGCGGUCACUGGACGUUGUUCGGCCUGACGUCGUGGGGCAGCGUGUGCUUCAGUAAAGUGCUCGGACCUGGCGUGUACAGCAACGUGACGCACUUCACCCCCUGGAUCCAACAACAGAUCUACAUUCACACAUACCUAAACGACUGACACGCACACACACACACAUACAUGCAGCACUUCCUGCCAGCUUCCUGUCUUCAGCAUUCCAGGAGGAAGUGAUGUCACCAUCAUCCACACACACUCACACACACCUUCAGUUCCUCUACCUGUGCCUAUAUCUAUACUGAUAGCCUUCAGAUGCUAACUGCUGUGUGAGCAGUAGUGUAAACUAGUAGAACAAAUGCUAACUAGUCAGCUAGCAGAGCUGUCAUUGUCGACAAGUAGACUUCACAUUAAUACGAUUAAACAUUCACUUAACACUAAAUUAUUAUUAUUAUCAUUAUUGGUAUUAUUAUUAUUAUUAUUAUUACAACAGUGUAGGGUUUGUUGCUAAGAAAAAUAUGACUUGUUCCUUAUUUGAAAAGUAAUAUUCUUAUUUUAUUUGUAGCUCAGUGGCAGCAGUAACUCAGAGGAAAAACUAUCCAGCCACAAAAGCCACUUUUCUGAUGUUCUUCAUCUUUAGAUUUAUACGAUUUUAUCCUGAGCAGGGCUUCAAUUUAUUGUUGUAUGGAUACACUAAAGAUCUGAGCCCUGAACACAAACAUUAUUUAAAUAUCUGCUUUCUCAGCUGAGCGCUGAAAAUGUUAACGUGAAAACAUCGUCACAAUGUUCAGUCAUCUCAGCACUCAAGUCCUACAAGCUGCUAGCUAAAACAGACCAGCUGAGCACUGAACUUCCCACAAUGCUUCACUCUAUAGUGCCUGUACUUAAACUUAGCAGUAAAAAAACAACCUUGUUACCUGUACAAUGUUUUACUGUACGUGUGUGUAAGCUGUUGUAUGUGUGAGAGAGAGAUAACAAGAGCGAGAGAGAUGAUUUUUUUGCUUCUAAACACACUGGCAACUUUUGGGCAACUUUCAGUGAGCUUAAUUUACACAGCGGCCAUGUUUGAUUUACAUUUUAAAUCUCAUGUGAAACAACAAAAUAGACUAAAAGAAGAUUAAAGGAAGUCCUGAAAGAUUAUUAUUAUAAGUCUUUUGGAGCUCCGUACAUUUCAGACUUCAACAAGACAAAGUCAUGUUUUAAAACUACAUUUUAUUUUCUAUGAAUUUUUCUUACAUUAAGUAGAGUCAAAUAACUGAUAAUAAUAAUUGUCGCAUAUCGCCAAUGUAGCUAACUGAUCAGUGUAAAUCCACAAUAUUAGCCAAAUGCUAACAGUGAGCUAUGUAAGCUAUUAAUUUACAAACCAAUUUUGUCAAAACUGCACAGUUUAAAAGAAGCCGUUUUAGCUAGCUCAUCACCAAAGUUAGCUAGUGGACUCACUAAUGCAAACAACUGCCAAAUAAUUGCUAGCCAGAACGUGAAGCAGUGUUAGCAGUAUGCUACAUUAGCUCUUUCUAUGUAUUUAUGAACUAUAUCUUUUUUUUUAAAAAAAAAAAGGUAACAAGUAGGCUCCGCAAGCACAGAAAGCUGUCAGAUUGGUGUCAGUGACAAUGUAAAUCAUAUUUAAAGUGUAUCGCUAACUGCUAAUGUUUAGCUAAGUCAUAAAUGGAUUCAGUACAGAAGCCAAAAAGACAUUUUGUUUUGUAGGGAGCCUGACAGGUGUCACAGAAAAAUAAAACACUAAUCGGUGUGCACAAAUUAUAAAUAAAUGUUCUGAAAUUAUUACUUCGUGAACAUGAAUUAAAACCAGAUGUCAAUAACAUUUUAACAUGUUUAACAAAUGUCAAAGAUAACACAACCUUUUUCAUCAGCCAGAGUUCAAAGUAUACGUAUAAAAAACUGCUUUAAACUCAAACUUCUUAUUUUCUUACAGCUAGUUAACUGAUAGCAGCCAGAGCUAACAGUAUUGCAGUGUAGCAUCACUAGCGUAUAAACAUCACAUAAACAUGUAGUUAAUGUGAUAAUUUAAAGAGAAAUUCCACAUUUUGUGUGGAUGUCCAGUCAGUGUUGACGGUAAAUGUGGUCAAUUGAAACAAUAAAUUCCUCAUUGUGUGCCAUAUUGAAUGAGAAAGCUUUCCUGCUCACGAAGCCGUGCCGGCAGUACCUACAUAUACCAGGAUGCAUUGCAUGCGAGCUUCUGAAGUUUUGUUUUUGAGCAUCAUCUAGAUCACUCCUCCUGGCUACCUACCUGGCUAAAUAGGCUGUAGUUCUUCCUUUUCCCACUUUUCCAGAGACACAGAGAGCAUCAGCAACUUUCACACUAUGUCCCUAACUCAGAUAGCUAGAGAGAAGGUUGCAAAUUGGCAAAUGGUCCUUUAAUGAUAUUGCUAUGAAGGAAUGUGUUCAGUAUUUGUAGUUAUUUGCACAUUGCUGUUUUGUGCGCACAAAUUUGAGUAAGACUUUGUAAUUUGUGUGUGUGUGAAACAAGUAAUUUGAGAGCAUUAGUUACUCAUUUGUGCUCACAAAUGAUCAUUUUCCUCUGUGACACUUGUUGGACACCUUAGCUUUGUCAGAGUCUAUAAGAGUCUAUAAGCAAAAGAAAUACAGAAUAUAAGAGCUCUGGAAAGUCAAAGAAUCCUUUAUUUUUAAAACCAUUACUGUCACACUAAAGACGUCAACAUGUUAAACUUUUGGGAAAGUUGUCCAACUGUGUUGCCCAACUAAUUGCCGGCGUACCUCCAUGCUAAGGUCUAACGGACAUCUAGAACAUUCCAAGUGGUUGUUGUUGUUGUUGUUUUGUGUGUUUGGUUUUUUUAAGAGUAUUUUUCUACAGCUUUUUGUAUGUCAUGCUUAUUACACAGGGCUGUUGGUGUGUGUGCGCGAGUGUGUACAUACAGUCACAUGUACAGACUGUGUGUUUGUAUGUGAUUUGGCUUGUGUGCGUGUUUCUGAUGUCACUUCCUGAUUUAGCUGUUUCAAAUUGAUGAAGAUGAAGAGUGUAUAUGGAUUUAAAUGCUGUAUGAACAGACUGUAGCCUCUAACGUUUUGUGUAAACAGUGAAUAUUUGGUUUGUAUCACCUUGUGUCCCACCAAUAAAAAUAUACACUAUA